AUGAGGGAAAAGAAACUGACGCCGCGGCAAAGGCGCACCCAUUGUUUUAUUGGAUUGGGAAUCUUUUGCGCGAUAUUUAUGGCGGUGUUCAUUUCAGUCCCCAUCGCACUGUAUGAGGCCAGGCAUCAACGCAUGCGGGAUGCAAGGUGGCGCGAGGAAGUGACUGAGGCUGAAAAGCUGGUUUCAGUGUUUACUGACGCCAUGAACGGCGUCAUUUCCACGGUGUACGCGCACGAGGGACUUGUCAUGGGUUCCAUAAAAGUCAUACCGCCAUUUAACGCCUCAGUGGAGGCGCGAACUAAAAAUCAGAAUUUUCCCGGAUUCAACCUAGUUGCCUCCUACUUCAACUCCUCGCAGCAUUUGGCGUUGCAGGUCCUUGCCCCAGGCGGCGUGGCGCUGCACCUGUUCCCGAUGGUAAACACCAUCCUUAUGAGGGAUUUUCUGAAUGACUAUAGUAUGGGCUCGCCCACGCCAAUCCAGACAGUGGACACCGCACGGACUGCCGUGUUGGGUCCACUGUACAACUCCCUUCCUAGUCUUAAUGCGCUAUGGCAACUGUUUGUGCGUGGAUCAAUCUACAACGCCACAAGAGUUGCGGAUGAGACCAGAGUGAAUUUCUGGGGAUUCUCUAUUGCUGUGCUGAGCCUGGAUAGCCUGAUGGAUGAAAAUCUACGUGGAACGCAUUUCUGGAAAAAUGAAAUGGAAUACCUCAUCUACACCACUGAUGAAACAUCGCAGCGCAUCAUUCCCAUUCGUUUUUCGAGGGGAAAAAAUCUUACAGAUGAGGGGUUUAGGAAAUUUAUUGAAACCGGAACAACUAGAUCGGUCUUGGGAUCAUCCCGUGCCUGGUAUGUAUGCAUGCGAGGAAAUCAUCAGGACAAUAACCCUACAAAAACGACUAUUGCCCUCAUUGUCGUCUUCGCUGUGCUGCUUUCUAUCCUCAUAUUUACCGGCGGUGCCUCCGCUGUGUUGCUGUGUCUAAAAGAAUAUGACGGAGUUGCUCAUGCUCCCAAGGUGACACCUUUUGCAUUGGCCGUUAUUGGUCUUUGUAAUGCGGAACGGUUGUGGGAGUUGGCACCAGAUCAUAUGCUAGUGGUUUCUGAGCGAUUGGCAGCGCUGCAGCGGCGACACAUUAUUCGUCAUAAUGUCUACGAGGCAAUGCAGUUGCACCCGUAUAGUACCACGGUUGCCGCACGUUCAGUAGAUGCGGCAGUGCGGAUUUGUUUUUCUCUUAUUGAAGAAUUGCAGUCCCAACCGAUUGAUGAACCGCUUCGGGAAUUGUUGGGUGAGGAUGGAAGUAUAUUUAUUGCCUGUGCGGUGCAUUGGUGCAUGGACGCCACGGUACGAGUAGAGAGCAGUAGCGACACCGUUCGCUACGAGGGGCCGGAUUUGGUCUACUGCGGUCGGAUGUGGAUGUUUGCCGCACCAAACAAGGUCACUAUCAGCCGCGCCGCACGGGAGAUGGCGCUGCAGAUGGAAGGUGUACAAAUCGUCCCGCUUGCGAGUGUCUUCCUACGUGGAGUGGAGAAGCGGCAGGAGUUGUUCACUGUCACCAACCCGCAAAGCAAGCGACUUGCACAGGCCUCCAGGUGCGCCGGUGAACGGGUAGGCCCCACCAUGCAAUGCUCCUCCCUUGUCACUGAACUUAGGCAGGAUGACAAUCCGCUUUCCCUUGGCAGGGAGGCCUUUGCCAGCGCCAGUCUGUGCCCCGUCAACGUUGCCGAGCUGCGUGCGGCGGCCUCCAGUGUCUCUUCCGCGGGGCUCGGUAAAGAGGUCGCCGAGGUCGGAGGGCGGCGUGGCGGUAAUGGCGUCCGUGUUGGCGGCGAUGACUCGCCUGAGCAAUACCUGCCGGAUGGAAAGCGAAGGCGCAAACAUUCCAGCCAGUCCAAUGUGCCGAAGACGCUCAUUGAAUUGCUUCCAACCGAGGCUGUUGAGAUGUACCGGCUCUCGAUGGAUGAGAGCCGCACGCGAGCGCAUUCGACCACAGCGGAUGGGGAGCAACAGGGGCGGACGAUAGUGAAGGGCUGCGGGCACGGCCCUGUGACGCGAGGCAGCACCACCGUUUGGAAUAUUAAAAAGGCCAGGCCAAAUGAGAAAAACUCUGGAGCAAGUAGUGACACGGGCCAUGUGGAGGAUUCGCAUGAGGGUGACAUUGUGACGGAGGCAAUGCGGCGCCCAAUCAUCCCCGCCUUUGUUGACGCCCAUCUUCGCGCCAUAUUUGAGCGGCAUGCUGUGAUUUUGGACUUCAGCUACAACUCAGUCCGUACAGUCGUCUUCUACUUUUAUUCUGCGUUCAAGCUGCUGCUGAAACCGCUCGCUGCACCUGAGCGCAACAACGUCUUUCGCCGCCUUGUCAUUGCCUUUGGGAUACCAAGCGAGAAUGUCUUGGAACACCUUGCGGUGCGGUGUGUGCUGCGGUACAUUCGGCAGUCGGAGGAGGUACGCUCAAUGCUCUGGAACCGCGAACAGCAGAUGCGACUGCGCUCGUUGGCGAAAAGUGCACCGACAUCAUUAGUGAUGGUUGAUAGUAGCAGCACGAAUCCCGUGAGCGAAGACUCCUUGGUGGGGUCGUUGACAAAUUGUCCUGCCGAACAUGGCGGACCCAACGCGGAGGACAGUUGGCGGGAUGGAAAGACGCAGGAAUGA